AUGGGCAAGAGUGGGGCCAAAUCACUGGGUCAGAGCAUCCUGAUCUUGUUGGGCAUUCCCAAUAUCUUAACACUAUACAGAGGCUGGUGGAAGCAUGGCCUCAGAGGUGAGUUCCAGUGCGCCCAUGGGAAGAAGUGCAUCCCUGCUGCUCAGGUGUGUGAUGGGAGGGCCCAGUGUCUGGACCAUUCUGACGAAGUCAACUGUUGGAAACAAACUAAGAGCUGUGAGUUCCACUGUGCUGACAGCAAACGCUGCAUCCCACGGAAGUUCCUGUGUGACGGAGACAAAGACUGUCCAGAUGGCACAGAUGAGGUCGGCUGUGAUGCCCUUCAUGGUAGAGUGACGGUACCUCCUACCCUCAGGACUACGUCUCGUUGUAUCAGUCCUUCAGCUCUUUGUCCAGGUUCAUCAGUGUGUAUCUCUCAGAAUCAGAUCUGUAAUGGACAAAAAGACUGUCCUGAUGGCUUCGAUGAGGAGAACUGUAUGUACGAAUGUAAAAAUCCAGCUGAUUUCUUGUGCAGUGACCGGAGCAAGUGCAUCCCUAAAAGAUAUGUUUGCGACAAUCGCAACCACUGCUCUGAUGGAUCGGAUGAGAAGGAGUGUAAAUCUACGCCCACAACUCCAAGUCCGACUAUACAAGCGUCUGUCAGCACCAGGCCGACCCCUCUGAGGUGUCGCAUUGGCUUCAGGUCAUGUAAAGACGGUCUGGAGUGUGUUCUCUACAGCCACGUGUGUGAUGGAGAACCUGACUGCAAGGAUGGAUCAGAUGAAGAGGACUGUGCUACCAAAUGCAAAGAAGGGCAGUUCCAGUGUUCUCAUGGCAAGAAGUGCAUCCCACAGCAGCAGGUGUGUGACGGUCACAGCGGCUGUCAGGAUCGAUCUGAUGAACUGAACUGUACACGUCUAAGUGAGGGCUGCCAUUUGUUCUGCGAUAACAAAACUCGCUGCAUCCCAGAGACCUUCCUGUGUGACGGCGAGAGAGACUGCACCGACGGGUCAGAUGAGCAAAAGUGUGGUUUGGUGCCCUGUGCCCCACAUGAGUACCGGUGCACUAGCGGUCAGUGCGUUGACGAGGCCCUGAGAUGUGACGGUUACGCCGACUGCAGAGAUCAUUCAGACGAGAAGGGCUGCUCCAGACCACCACGCUGCCCAACAGAACUCCAGUGUCCACACAGCCAUGAGUGUCUGCAGAAAGAGUGGAUCUGUGAUGGGGAGGAAGACUGCAACGACGGGUCAGAUGAGAAGAACUGUGAGACUCCACCAGUAGAAUGCAGGGAAUACCAGUGGCAUUGUGGGGACAGCAGUCAGUGCAUCCCUCUGUCCUGGAGGUGUGACGGGACGACAGACUGUCGAAAUGGCAAGGACGAGGACAAAUGUAGCCAGAGAAAAUGUCCCACUCACCUGUAUCAGUGCAGCAGCGGUGAGUGUGUGGAGCCCAGGCUGGUGUGUAAUGGCAUCAGAAAUUGUGCUGACAGAUCAGAGGAAGGAGUGGGAUGUGUUCAGCGUAACUGCUCCAGUCCAUCUGCUCCCCGGUGUGACCACCACUGUGUCAGCACACCAAACGGACCGAGGUGUUACUGCGCUGCAGGUUUCAAACUCCAUUCCUCUGGUUUGUCUUGUGUUGAUAUUGACGAGUGCAACGCAGCGCCGCACACCGUUUGCAAACACAUCUGUCUGAACACCCGUGGGUCCUACGUCUGUCACUGCCACCCUGGUUUCUACCUGGAGCCAGACAACAAAAGCUGCAAAACUGAAGAUGAGCCUGUGCUCCUGGCGUCUGUGCAGUCUGAGAUGUUACUUCUGGGGGUUCAUAGCGCCACCUUGCGUCUGCUUUCUGCUCGGAAUCGUCCAGUUUUCUCAUUGGAUUACGACUGGGCUCAACAGAGAGUUUAUUGGCUCAGCUCGAACUACGAGAGCAUCCGAUGGACAGACAUGAACAACCCCAACAGCAAAGGCACCCUGAUUAAAGGAGUGAAGUCAGAUUUCAUCGCCGUGGACUGGGUGGGUAAGAACCUAUACUGGGUUGAUGGCCUGGUGGGUCAGAUUCUGGCGGUGAAGCUCAGUGAUGUCACUUUGAGGUCUCAGAACUACACUGUGGUCUUGGGUGAAGAUCUGGAGCAGCCAAGCUCAUUGGUCCUGUUGUCACACAGAGGGUUGAUGUUGUGGUCUGAGAUUGGCAGCACUCCUCAGAUUGAGCGAUCUGGGAUGGACGGUUCAAGGAGGAAAGUGGUGGUGAGCCGAGGCUUGAUAUGGCCCGUCAGUUUGACCUUUGACCUCUUGGACAGCAGGAUAUACUGGGUAGAUGAGAAGCUGCACUGCAUUGGCUCAGCCUCUCUGGAUGGAGAUAAUGUCAAGAUUCUCCAGUUAGCUGAAACCCCAAGUCCUUUCUCAGUUGCCGUUUUCAACGAUCGAAUCUUCUGGUCGGACACAAAGAGAAGAACUAUUCGCUCAGCUGACAAGAACACUGGAAAAGAUCAGAAGAUUCUCCUUAAGAGACCAGGGCAGCCUUUUGGACUAAAACUGAUGCACGCCUUUUCCCAGCCGUCCAUCUCCAGCCCCUGUGACCAGAUGCAGUGUUCCCAUCUGUGCCUGUUGACUCCAGCAGGGAGGGGGCGAAUAGGACGACCCACGGCUGUCUGCAGAUGUCCAAAGGGGCUGCUGUUGUCUAAAGACAGGAUCACCUGCUCUCUACCUGCAGAGUUGUCAUUCAUCCUGCUCCUGUCCCGGAGAAAAGUUUAUCAAAUUCCUUUACAGUCUAUGCAUCGUGAUGGUGUCAACCUCAAGAAAAUGCCAAAUAGUCGUGUUUUAUCCCUUCCUGGACUGACUGAGGCCUCUGCUCUGGACACCUCCAUACCUGGGCUGUCCCUGUAUGUGGCUGAUGCGAGUCAAGGCUUUGUGGAUGUGAUGAAAAUGAGCAGCUCCAGGUCUAGGCAGGGACUGACACCCGCUGGACACAUUCUAAAGCUGACGGAUGAUGUCGUCACAGCACUGGCAGUUGAUUGGGUGACCUCCAACCUCUACUGGAGCAGCACCCAGAGGCGUGAUCUCCAUGUGACUGCUCGUAAUAACAACUACACCACAUUAGUGUUGACAGCAUCAAUGAAGGAAACUACAUCAAUUGCACUUCACCCCCCGUCCAGUAAACUGUGCUACUCAGCAGUAGGGACAGCAGGUACAAAGAGCCAGUCAGAGGUGAACUGUGCCUGGAUGGAUGGCCGUAAAAAGGCAUUGCUGUGGAAAAAAUCCACCAUUCCCACCUCUCUGGUCUUUUCCAAUGACGGGACUGUAAUCUACUGGGCUGACGCAGCUGAAGGGAUCAUCAGUUGCAUCGGACUGGAUGGAUCUGGGUUUAGACAAUACAAAACAGGCCCAGGUCUUCUCACCUCCCUCACAUAUGUUGAGAACAUCCUGAUCUGGGUCACAUUGGAUAAGGAUGUGACCAAACUGUGGUACAGUGAUGGCCUUCAGCCCAAACAGCUGUGGUUUGAAACAAAGACCAGCUUGAUAGAAGUCAAAGCCUACAGCAACAACAGCCAGUCUGGAACAAACAUGUGCUCCAACAACAACGGUGGAUGUGUCCAGCUGUGUCUGCCGUAUCCUGGAGGCCGGACAUGUACCUGUGGGCGGGGCUUCUACACAGUUAAUGUGACUUCCUGUUCGCCCCUCCCCAUCUGCCCCGCCCAGGAGAUAUCCUGCUCCGAUGGCAGCAAAUGCAUCAGCAGCAGGAAGUUCUGUGACGGACGCUUGGACUGUGAGGACGAGUCUGAUGAGCAGGACUGUCCAAACAAAAUCCCCGCCUCAUCUGGGAUCGAAACUCCUCCUCCCCAGUCUUCUCCUUCCAGUAGUGGCAUUGAUGCCAAAAACGUUUUUGCAGGUUUAGCCAAUAAAGCCUCAAAGUCAUGUGACCUCCACUGCAACGGUCACGGCACCUGCAUCACAGAAGGGACAGCCUCUCGGUGCCGGUGUGAGGUUGGUUACACCGGGGAGUUCUGUCAAGAGGCUGAAAAAGGAAAAGGCCAUGCAGGUGUCGGCCUGGGUCUCUUCUGCCUCAUCUUCAUUUUGUUGGCUGCUGCUGUCUUUUAUGGAAAAAGGAGAUCUGUGAUGUUAAUGUUUAAUAAAUCAAAGGAUAAAGAAUCUCUGGUGGGAAACAUCAUCCUGCCGCCUGAACUGUUUGAUUCAGAGUCUGAGGAGGUGGAGUCCCCCAUCGAUGUGAAGAAUCCUCAACUGGGUUCAGAGUCACCGAGCCUCAAGUAGACUGAGCGGUCUGGAUUUAAUAACAGAUAUGGACCGUCCAGUUGGUGUCCCUGUAACUCCAAAAAUUUCAAAAUACUCAAGUAACAUCUCACAAUACAUUUCUCUACUUGCCAGCCUUUGGAUAUAAAUCAUGUUUCUUUGAA